GAUACGACUCUCAUCCACUCAUGAAAGUUGUUUCAAAAUUUACGGCCAAUGAGCUAAAUUGUAUUCCAGAGAAUAUAGGAAAGUACAAGGCCAUGUAUAUUGGUCAACUCCGAUUUUUUGACAGCUUCCAACAUAUGGCAAUGAGAUUAGAUAAAUUAGUAGCAUGUCUAGGAGAAAACCCAGAAAAGUUCUCUCUAACUGUCAAGCACUUUACUGCAAAAGAUGAUGGUUUAGACCCCUCUCAUUACGUCUCAGCACCAGGAAUGUUCAAUGAUUCUUUAUACAAGAGUAGCGGAGCUGAACUCAAGCUUAUGACAGAUAUGGAUGAGUAUCUAAUGGUUGAGAAAGGUAUUCGAGAAGGUAUGACAUUGGCAAGUCACCAAUAUGCCAAAGUGAAUAAUCCUCAAUGUCCUAACUAUGAUCCAAGCAAACCAAUAUUUUGGACCAUGUAUGAGGACUUGAACACCUUAUAUUCAGGUACAAUGACGCAAUAUAUGCCUACAGAGAUAAUAGGCAAGGUAGGUCCAGAAGAGGUACCAGAUAUUCAAACUAUUGCGCCAAAUGCAGAAAUAGGCUAUAUGCCCGAAGUAGACUUAGAAGUUCCGGCACACUUAUAUGACUUCUUUGCAGACUACCUUCUAGUACCAGAAAAGCAAAUAGUACUUGAAAACUGGUUAAGUCUAUAUAACGCAAAAUUAGUACAAGACAAGGAAGUGGGAGGUGGCAAAUAUGUAACAGGAGAAAAGCUCGUCCAAACCCUUUAUCCUAAAAAAAACUAUGUGUUCCAUUAUCGUGCACUCCAGCUAUAUAUGAGACAAAGGCUAAAGGUUACAAAGAUCCAUGGCAUACUCAAGUUUAAGCAAUCCUCCUGGAUGAAAGAAUAUAUUGAGAAAAAUAUUCGUAAACGCAAAAUAGCAAAAGCCAAUAGUGAUGAGUUCAGGGACAAAACUAAGGGCUCAUCUAUAGAUGAAGCAGUAUGUUUAAAACCAAAGAUGUACUCUAUCCUACCAGUUGGGCAUGAUUCAAAGACUCCCGAUAAUCCUGAUUCAGAAGACUCUAAAAAGAAGCAUAAUAUCCAGAAGGCAAAGGGUGUUAAGAAAUGUGUGGUUAAGAGAGAACUUCAACAUGAUAAGUUCCUAGAAUGUCUUAGGAACAAGAAACUAACUCGGCAUGAUAUGUAUGAUCUCCCAUCUGAAAUAGUUCUCGAGGAAGCAGAAGAAAGAGCUAUGAAAGCUGGACUUCGUUUCAAGGAAUAG